AUGCUCUCUUCGCGUCACGUGCGUAUCGCGUGGGCUCGCUGCGGCUCGCUGCAGCUCCUGACACAUCUUUCACGCGCCCAUCCGCGCUGUUGCACGCCAAGAACACCUCUCUCUCCACCACCACCGCCACACAGCCGGCUCUCUCGGGCCAUGCUACGGUAUGCUGAAGACAACACGGAAGGCUACCAAGAUGGGCUGGAAACGCUGCUGAACCUGCUGCGGAUCGAGAUGGGCUCCGACCGGUGGGCCAACUGCAGCGUGCGCAUGCUCAACAGCGGGAACCUCCUGUUGCGCAACGCCAGCACGGGCCAGAUGUGCAACCGGUCCAGCAGCUCGCCCUCAUUCUUCGUCUGGUGCGCGGACAACUCCACGCUUGAGUACAAGGCCCUAGUGGACGUGCUGAGGAACCACACGCUGCCGACGUUCGGCGUGCAGAUCGAGAAGGACGGGUUUUCCGCCGGGUGUCUCAUGGCGUCGUUCAUUCUGUGCAUCGUGUGCGCGGGCUCCUGGAUGCUGCUGCUGGUCCUGCUGCUUCUGCCCGCAAACAACCACAACCACCGCAAGAAAAUGGUGUACCUGGGCGUCGUGUACCAGGCCAUCUGGCACACGGUGAUUCUGGACCGCUCCAUGGACACUGUGUUCGAGGAGCAGUACAUGGGCAACUACCAAAACGCCGGCGCGCUCUACGACAAUGUCAUGACCUCCACGCUCUACAGCGUGAUGCUGUUCUUCGCCACGGUCAUCAGCAACCUCAACUGGCUCGAUAUCGUCUACUACAUGUUCCACAACUACCGCAAGACCAACAGCAGCUGGGUACCGCGUCUGUUCAACAACAGGAACAAGCGCAUCAUAGCUGUGGGCGUGGCGCUCACCUGCGCGCAGGCCGUGCUCAAGGCCGUCAAGUUGUGGGGCGCGAGGCGCUACGUCGGCACCGUCGACGUCGUGCUGCGGUCCGUGGAUUUCACCAUAUACACCCUUUUCUCCCUGUCGGUCGCCUACUAUGUUUGGCACGAUUUCGGUUUCACGCUGGAGCCCCAGAAGCAGCAGAGAGCGCGCUCCUGGCGCGCCCUUUUCGUCUUUAUUUGGAACGACUAUCACGAAACAGUGCUUCUACUGUUUUACAACGCUGUGGUGAUGGCUUCGUUGUACAUGUGCACCAUUCUUAUCAUGACAAUGCCCCGUCAUGUGUUCACCUGGAUGCAGAGUCUCAUAUCUUUUCUGAACGUCCUCGUAACCGUCAACACCUGGGGGCUGAUCGGCGUUCUGGAGCGGCGCGAAAGGACGCUGAGCAAGGAAACAGUCCUUGGACGUAAAAUCAACAACAGGGACAAGUUCUUCGUCGACCCGAAGGUAGACUACGACCACGGAGAUGGUCUUGUGGUGAGCGACGACCUGGGGCUUGCACCUGACGCAGCCACCGUGCAAAAUUCGGUGCACCGCCGCUUCGGGCUGGACCCUGUGCUGCGGCCUGCGAAAGUGUUGAGAUCCAAACUAGCAGCGAAACGAAGAAGGGGCGAAAACGCAAGCAGGAGCCGUCACGAGGGCUCAACUUUCGAAAUUCAGAGCAUGCGGCAUUCGAUUGGUGAAAGGCGCGCUAGCGCUGACCAGGACUGGGCUCAGGGUGGUGACAACGAAUCCGCGGAAACACUGCUUACCAGGAACUACAUUUACGAUCACGACGGGUAA